AUGACCCAACACACCCCCACAUAAAGGAGGAGAAGAAGGGAGUCUACAUCAGUCUGCCAGGAGAGCAGCUCAAUGGGAAGGAGGUGACUAAUGCCAUCAGAUUUCCAGUCACUGCUCCUCCCAUAAAGAGUCUGGGUGAUGAACAGUCUCCGCUGCUUUCACAGCUUUAUCCAGACCAAAUUAAAGGCAAAGAGCUUCCAGGAGAGAAUGAUAGAGAAGAAUACAUCAGGAUACCAGAUCAUGGACAUGCUUCCAUUUCUUUAGAGACUGAAGAGGACAGUGAUGUAGAGCACUCUCUCUCUGACCUGAAACACUCUGGAUAUAAGAAAUGUUCUAUGGUAAACAAAAAUGUGGACACAAGAAGAAAAGUCCAGACAGGACUGAAACAUAGCUGUGAAGACUGUGGUAAAAUACUGAUUGGAAAAUCAGCUUUAAACACACACAUGAGAGUCCACACAGGAGAGAAAUCUUUCUGCUGUGAACUAUGUGGACAUAGAUUUAGCCAAAAAUCUACUUUAAACACACACAUGAGAGUCCACACAGGAGAGAAAUCUUUCUGCUGUGAACUAUGUGGACAUAGAUUUAGCCAAAAAUCUACUUUAAACACACACAUGAGAAUCCACACAGAAGAGAAGCCUUUCUGCUGUGAACUAUGUGGACAUAGAUUUAGCCAAAAAUCUACUUUAAACACACACAUGAGAAUCCACACAGGAGAGAAGCCUUUCUGCUGUGAUCUAUGUGGACAAAGAUUUAGCCAAAAAUCACAUUUAAACACACACAUGAGAAUCCACACAGGAGAGAAGCCUUUCUGCUGUGAUCUAUGUGGACAAAGAUUUAGCCAUAAAUCAACUUUAAACACACACAUGAGAAUCCACACAGGAGAGAAGCCUUUCUGCUGUGAUCUAUGUGGACAAAGAUUUAGCCAAAAAUCAACUUUAGAAAGACACAUGAGAAUCCACACAGGAGAGAAAUCUUUCUGCUGUGAUCUAUGUGGACAAAGAUUUAGCCAAAAAUACAGUUUAAACACACACAUGAGAAUCCACACAGGAGAGAAAUCUUUCUGCUGUGAUCUAUGUGGACAAAGAUUUAGCCAUAAAUCAACUUUAAACACACACAUGAGAAUCCACACAGGAGAGAAGCCUUUCUGCUGUGAUCUAUGUGGACAAAGAUUUAGGGAAAAAGCAAAAUUAAACACACACAUGAGAAUCCACACAGGAGAGAAGCCUUUCUGCUGUGAACUAUGUGGACAAAGAUUUAGCCAAAAAUCAACUUUAGAAAGACACAUGAGAAUCCACACAGGAGAGAAAUCUUUCUGCUGUGAACUAUGUGGACAAAGAUUUAGCCAAAAAUCCAAUUUGAACACACACAUGAGAAUCCACACAGGAGAGAAGCCUUUCUGCUGUGAUCUAUGUGGACAAAGAUUUAGCAAAAAAUCAACUUUAGAAAGACACAUGAGAAUCCACACAGGAGAGAAGCCUUUCUGCUGUGAACUAUGUGGACAAAGAUUUAGGGAAAAAGCAAAAUUAAACACACACAUGAGAAUCCACACAGGAGAGAAGCCUUUCUGCUGUGAUCUAUGUGGACAUAGAUUUAGCCAUAAAUCAACUUUAAACACACACAUGAGAAUCCACACAGGAGAGAAGCCUUUCUGCUGUGAUCUAUGUGGACAAAGAUUUAGCCAAAAAUCCAAUUUAAACACACACACGAGAAUCCACUAAGGAGAGAAUCAUUUCUGCUGUGAUCUAUGUGGACAAAGAUUAUAAACACACAUGGGAAUUCAUACAGGAGGGAAAAUUAGUCUGCUAUAAAUAUUUACUCAAACUGCACAGCUGUUGUUUGUUGCAAAUGUUUGUUGUCCUUAAAGGCAACGGUCUUCACUUGCUAGUUUAGACAUUUCUCUAUUUGCUUUUUUUUGCUCUGUGUUAAAACAUUUAAAUUUUUUAAAUUUGUUUAAUAAGUCAGACAGAGCUGUAGCACAGGUGUGUUCUUAGUGUACAGCGAACUUCAGAAUUUAAGUUCAAGAAAUAUAAACAUUUAUCCUAGACAGGUGAGUGAUAUGAAGAGAUUUAACAAUUUUAGGUUCCCAAUGUCAUUUUUUUAUCCUUUUCUUUAAAUAAAUUGUUCAUAUGACCAAAUUGUUUCCUUUGUUAGAAACAUCUUUAUUUCUAUCCUUGUUGUUCUAACUGUAAUUGUUCGGUAAGAGAGCUGAAAUUACAAAACAAUUAAAAGACAU